UUGCACUAGUUACAUACUCUUUGACUGUUCUUUGAAAAUUGUUUGGUUUUACAAGAAGCAUUAUUUGUAACAAUUUCGGAUUUCCUAAGUGGAGUAAAAUUGCUGCUCUAUAAGAUUGGGUAAAAAAUUUAGAAAGAUUACCUACCUACAUUGUAAAAUGGCACAGUCACAGUUUGCAUUGUCAUGGGAUUCUUAUAAAACUAACAUCUGCUCAGGGUUUAGUUCUUUUCAGCAGAAUGGAGAACUUGUUGAUAUGACUUUGGCAGCAGAUGGUCAUUUGGUAAAAGUGCAUCAAGUGCUUAUUGCAUUGGCAAGUCCUUAUUUGAAGGAACUAAUCACAACUGUUCCUACUCAACACCCUGUUGUAUUCCUGAAUAAUGUUUCUCAUGCAACCUUAUCUCUCAUAUUGGAGUACAUAUACACUGGAGAGGUGGGAGUGCCAGCUGAGAAUAUAUCAUCUUUCAUUGAAGCCGCAAAAGCUCUUCAUAUAAGGGGCCUGGAAAAUAUUACUGACAGUGGUAGUGCAACAACAACAAUGGAUACUACCAUGAAUGAAACUAGCCUGGAUAAUACAAGAAUUAGGAAAAAGUCAGAUCAAAUAAUUUUACCGCCGAAUGCAAAAAAGAUAUAUGUCAACAUCAAUUCAGAUUCUUCAGGAGUGGUCUCUGAACAGAAGCCUUUAGUAGAUUCAGAAGAUGACAACAUGCAAGAUUACACUGAUAGAAUGGAUGAUACGCACGAUGACUUUGACUAUGAUAUUGAGGAUGAUAAUAAAGUCAAUAAAGUGCGCACACCAGGCAAGACUGACAAUAAUAAGUCAAUAAUGUCGGCAAAAGAUUCUGCGGAAACAAGAAAAUUGGGUACAAAUCUACAAUUCACGGUAUCAAUCCGCGGCGCCUUGCAAAUCAUACUGAAUCGCUACAUCUACAAUUUGCACUCGACUCAAACUAAUGGCAUCCAGCGAUGGCGUUGCGCCGACUAUCGGAGCAAGAAAUGUACAGCUCUCGUCACCACCAAAGGCAACGUUGUUUUAAACAGAACAAACCCUCACAAUCACUCGUUUCACGAUAAGAAGAUUCUUGUUAAACUUGAUAAAAAUGCCGUAUAUUCUGCUCUGGAUGAAGCUCAAGACUCGACAGUAUAUAAAGAUAAUAACAAAAAUACAACAGAAAGCAAUCUCGCAGUGGAUUUCUGGAGGCGUCAAGCAGAUGAGUUGGGUUUACCUUUUAAGGUCUAUAGGGCGGGUAGACUGCCAGUAUGUGUUACAACCCUAAUAGGUCGCAAGCCGGAUCUUCCCAGUAUAUUGCUAAACUCGCAUUCAGAUGUCGUGCCUGUAGAUGCUGACUUGUGGACCUACCCUCCUUUUUCGGCGCACAUCGAUGACAACGGCGAUUUAUAUGGACGUGGCGCCCAAGAUACAAAAGAUGUGAGCGUCCAGUACAUGGAAGCAAUUAAGAAAAUAAUUCAGAAUAAUAUCACUUUGGAUAGAACUGUGCAUGUCAUGGUUGUACCAGAUGAAGAAACCGGAAGUUUCGAGGGUCUAAUACCUUUUCUCGAGACGGACGAGUUUAAAUCUUUGAAUAUUGGAUUUGCUUUGGACGAGGGGUUGACUUCGUCAGAUGAUACCAUGGCCGGAACCUACGUAGAUAAAAGACCUUGGCAAAUGCGAUUCAACAUUCGAGGGAGCAGCGGGCACGGUUCAUCGUUGCAAAAUCGAAGUAGUACCAUUGAACAGGUUCAAGCUCUAAUAAAUAUGGCAAUGGAAUUCAGAAAAGAACAACUUGACAUAAUGGCAUCUCGUUCGCCGAACGACUACGGCUGUUACUCCUCUCUUAAUAUAAAUAUGAUUAAUGGCGGUUUAGCUCCUAACAUCAUCCCCAGUCUCAUGACUGUGGUGAUAGACGUGAGGUUGUCGGUUGAACAGAAAGUAUCUGAUUUCCUUUCUUUGAUAAAUUCGUGGCUGUCUCAACUCAGCAGUACAACUACCGUAGAUUUCAUAAGGCGGGUCGAAACAUCUGCCGCAACUGCCGUCGACGACUCCAAUCCAUACUGGGUGGCUAUACGGGACACUAUGAAAAAUUUUGGUUUUAGAGUCGUGCCUACUGUUUGCCCAGCAACGUCAGACAUGUUGCUACUCCGAGAGAUCGGCAUACCGGCAAUCGGGUUUUCAUCGAGGACUAAUAUGAUUAAGAAAGCUCAUGACGUUGACGAAUACAUCCCUGUAGAAAAAUUUCUCCGUGGAAUUGAUAUCUAUGUGGCCCUCAUAAAAAGUUUAGCAAACCUUCAAGAGAAGCAAAGCAUACCCGAAGAUUGCAAUCAAGAAUACUUAGUUCAUAAUAAACAUGUUUGGAAUAAUAUGUUUAACGUAUUAUACUAUUUUUUGAUCUAUUCUGUUGUCGUUAACUUACGCGUAUGUCGUAUAAUAUCAAAAUUCCAUAAUGAAUUAAAAGAAUAUAAAACUGAUCCAGCAGUGCAAAGGCUACAGGAGUACAUUCAAAUAGACACCAGUAUUGAGGAAAAUAUAGAACAUGCAGCAAACUUUUGGAAGAGUCAAGCAGCUGAGUUGGGAUUGCCGUUUGCUGAGUAUCGACCUGCUGGGCUGCCGAUAUGCGUUAUUACUAUAAAAGGUGCCAAGCCAGAGCUACCCAGUAUAAUGUUAAAUUCACAUGCGGAUGUCGUCCCGACCGAUGCAGAUUUGUGGACAUACCCUCCGUUUGCGGCACACAUUGAUGAUAAGGGCUAUUUAUACGGACGCGGCGCACAGGACUGUAAGACCACCGGUGUUCAAUAUUUAGAAGCAAUUAGAAUACUCAGACAACAAAAUAUCACUUUAGAUAGGACUGUUUAUAUAACAAUUAUGCCAGAUGAAGAAACUGGUGGUUUUAAAGGAAUUGUCCCAUUUGUCAAGACAGAAGAAUUUAAGUCCAUGAAUGUUGGAUUCGCAUUGGAUGAAGGCGUGCCGUCACCUAGUGAUGAAAUAAUGUACGCAUUUUACACCGAUAAGAGACCUUGGCAAAUGAAGUUUGAAGUUCACGGCGCAGGCGGUCAUGGGUCUUUCUUGACUGAAGGAGGCACUAUAGAUCAGGUCCAGACACUUAUAAACACAGCUGUGGCAUACAGAAAUCAGCAAAUCAAAAUAAAGGAAUCAAAACCAGAAUCUGAUUCUGGAGCUUACACCAGCCUUAACAUUAACAUGAUUCAAGGUGGAAUAGCUACCAACGUAGCACCAAGUCGCAUGUCGGUUGUUGUAGAUGUAAGGCUGGCAGUUGAAGAGAAAGUCUCAGACUUUCAGACUACGGUAAACUCUUGGAUGGCAAAGCUCGGCAACAAUACGAAACUAGAAUUUAUAAGAAGGAUCAAUUCUUCAGAAGCAACUGCUGUCGAUGACUCCAAUCAAUAUUGGGUGGCUAUGCAAGACACACUAGGCAAUUUAGGAGUGACUGUAUUGCCGAUAGUAUGCCCAGGAACUACUGACAUGUUGGAAAUACGGGCAUUAGGUAUACCAGCUAUCGGUUUUACGACAAACAGAAACAUACCAGUCAAAGCACAUGAUGUGGACGAAUACGUCACCAUGAAGACUUUUCUCGAAGGAGUAGAAAUAUAUGCUGCUCUCAUUAAAAGCUUAGCGAAUCUACCAGCUUUUACGUAAAUGAGAGAAUCUUACCUACCUACUUG